CAAUAAUUACAAUUCACAUAAUGUAUCCUAUCUAUUUUGACAAAUAAUCUAUAAUAUGAGACUAAAUGGUUUCAAUUGUAUUACGACUUUUUGUUACAAUGAACUACAUAUAUAUUUAAUAUUGUACUGUGAAAAGUAAUGUGACCUAUGUACAUUAAAAUGUCUAUGUUUAAUUAAAAUAUAUUUUAUAAUGGAAUCUAACUAUUCUCCAGAUAUAGGCAAAUUGAUUAUAAAAGUUUAUGCAAGUUUACUAUUAUUAUUUGGUCUACCUGGUAAUAUUAUUAGCGCUAUUAUAAUGGGAGGUGAUCGGUCAAAUCGUUUGACAACUCGUUUAAUUAUUAUUAUUCUAGCUAUAGCUGAUAAUUUAGUCUUAUUAACUGCUGUAUUACGUUAUUGGUUAAUGGAAGUUUGUGGAUGGGAUUUACGUUCAACUGGUCCAUUAACUUGUAAAAUUCAUGUUUUUGCUGUAGGAUUUUCAACAGAUUUUGCUGUUGGUGUAUUAUGUGCUGUUGCAGUUGAACGGUUACUUGUUGUUACCCUACCUUAUAAAGCAUCGAAAUUAGUAACAUUAAAUUCUGUGAUAAUUGGUAUGAUAUGUUUUGCUUUAAGUGUAGCUAUAAAAAAUUCACCACACUUUUGGAUGAUGGGUGAACAUAAAUCACAACAAUCUCAAAUAGAUUCAAUAAAUUUGUAUAAAAUCAAUCAAACCAGAACGAGUGGGACCAUUAAUACACAUAAAAUGUUUAUAGAAAACUCAACUAAAAAAGAAUCAUUUAAAUGUACAUUUGUAUCAGAAUAUGAAUUUAUUUUUAGAAUUUUUAUGAAGUUCGAUCUUAUAAGUUUUGCAGUUCUUCCUUAUUUAAUAUUAUUUACAAGUAAUGUAAUUAUUUAUAUAAAAUUGCGUAAUCAACGUCGGUUAAUGAGAUGUCAUGCCAAUACUACAUCUAUGGUUAGUAAUACAACUAAUACAAACAUUAUAUCUAAUAGUACACAUUCAAGUAAACUACAACGUAAAUUAGAUCGAAAAUCAAUUAAUCAACCAGAAUCAACAAAUCAAUUACAACAUGGAGAUACACGAUGUAAACGUUCAACUCGUCGACCAGAAGGUGUCAUCAAAUUAUUAACAGCAUUAACUAUAAUUCAUGUUAUUUGUACAUUACCAGGCACAAUUUUUACUUUUCUGUCAUCUUAUUUCAAUUAUUUUCACAAUAUGCCAAAACAUACUCAUGAUCAAAUUAAGUAUGGUUUAGUGAUGUUAAUAUUUACAAAUAAUGCAAUUAAUUUCUUCGGUUAUUGUAUUUCUUGUACAACAUUUCGUCAAACAAUUAUUCGUAGUUUAAAUCAUUUAUGUCAUUGGAAAAUGAAUUGUCAUAAAAGAAAACAAAAUAAUGAAAUACGGGAAAAUAAUAACAAUAAUAAUGGAAAAUAUAAACCAAUGGACCAAAAAAUCAUAAGUAAUGUCAGCUUAAUAAAAAAACAAGACCAAUAUACAUGAUAUGCCUCAGUUAUUUUAGGUGAAUGAUGCUAUUGAAUUGGUUUCAGACCUUGAAAAUUAUUGAUCUCAUUACAUUGAAUAUAGUUGACCAAUAUAUGAACAAACUAGCAAUUAUAGUUGAACUAUAUCAUUAUUAUUUUCAGAGUGAGAUGCAUUUACUAUGAUAAGUGUAUUAUUGUAAUACAACUAAACAUUUACCUGAAACAAAUAUUUAAUAAAUAAAUCUAUUUUCAAAUGUAAGAAACCCGGUUGUAUUUAUUGAAUAAAUUAAAGUGAUAUAAUAUAAUCAUUUAUGCAAACACAUUAUGUUGUUUUGAAGAAUAUGAGCAGUUCGUUUCAUAACUAAUUUGCAAG